CAAAAACCUCCUUGUGCCAGACUACGCAUGAGUGCACUGCUGCAGCUUUGAGUCUCUGCAGAUGGUGUGCUGUUCAUAUGAGCAGUGAGAGUGGGCUGCACACAUGUAUCCUCAGCAAGUUCCUGGACACAAGAAAGAGUUCUGCUCAGGCAUUAUUAUGGACGGCCGAGCAGUGACCAGUCCAGGGGGAAGAGGCUGAAGGCCUGCUACCAACAGAGCAGCGAGAGCCACAGAUCUUAAGAUGACUCGCACACGAGUCCAUCCAGAGCCCAUCAGAACAGAUGACGACAGUGCAUCCACAUCUUCCUCUGGUUCCAUUCUUGAGCCAGUAUGGGAGCUGUGCCCUACAACGGCACCUCAACCUCGUCCCGCUCCCCCUACGCAGUCCAGGUUGGCUUUUGCCGUGGAGGCUCCUGGCACCAAUGCACAACAUGUGCCAUGUGGAUGCCAAGCAGGAGUUCCGCUCCAGCUACACCUUGGGCAGAUAUUCCCUGGACCGUCAUCAGCCCACUGCUCAAACCCAUGCCCGGUGAUCAUCCCGUUCCCUGUUGUGCCAUGUCAUCACAGGGCAUCCAGCGCUGCCCAUCCCUCACUGCUCUCCACUGGGCCUCAGACGUCUCCCCGUCCCACUCCAACUGCGUCUGCUCCUGGGGUGAAGGAGAGGGACGAGGAGAAGGCCGAUGCUGCUGCUCGCCUGUUACAAGGCUCAGAGCGCACGUCACGCAGCUGUGAAGAAAACUCCAAGAUGAAGAACAAAGGAAAAGAUGUCGCCGCUCAACCUCUGUCCAGUGGUUCGAAGCGCACAUCAAAGGCUCCUCUUCGUCAUAUUGAAACAGCCACCACCCCAAAUUGUGCGGCCACUCUUAAACCUGCGGCCAGAAGGACACAGUCACCACCAGCCAGAGCAGUGAUUGCCGAGAGUGAAGGGGAGGAGAGUGACAGUGAGGACAGCAGCUGUGAUGAUGAGGAAGACAUAGCCAUGGACAAACUACCUCCACCAGACACCAGCAGUCUCACUGCUCCCAAACCAUCCCACAUCACUGGGAACAUGGACGACCAGCGCCUCACGUAUUUAAAGAAUUUGGUACUGGCCACUGAGAGGAAAGUGGAGUUGGUGAGAGAGCAGAAGAUUAAUAGAAAGGCGAUGUACAAGGAACACAAAGAACAGCUGGGAGUGAAGUGGAGAAUCUUCAGAGAAAGAAAGAAGUUCCUAAAGCCAGACCUGAAAAGAUGGAUAAAGGAAGAGCUGAGAAGGCAAAACGAGGCCAUGUACAAGGACUGGAAGAGGCUCAAACGAAAGCUGAGACAAGAGAAAGCCGACCUGAGAGAAUGCUUGUACAAGUACAAAAAGGACCUCAAAGAGGAAGAAAAGAGGGAGGAACAGAGGCAGAGGGCUCUCGAGAAAAAAAGUCGGGAAAAAGCAAAGGAAGAAAAAGUCCAGCAGAAGAAGUUACAAAGGGAAGAGGAGAAAAAACGUAAGGAGAGGCUUGCGCAGGAGAAAGAAGAGAAAAAGGCAGCGAUGGCGAGAGCACGUGUGGAAGAGAAAAGGAAGGAACAACUGCAGAAGGAGGAAGAAAAGAAGUUAAAGAAACAGUGUGAAGUUGAAGAGAGUCUGGCCAAAAAGAACAGGAGAACAACUGACAGAAUGAGCAGAUAUGACAGAAUGUGCUCCUGGAUAAGAAGCCAUAAUCCGCUGUGACUGUCUUCGCCCUAGAAGGCAGACGCAGGGAUGACGCUGCAAAUAAGGGAAGAUCUGUACUGGCAGCAUUGGGAAAAGGAAACGGGGGGCUCUUUGGAAAGGAAAUAGAGGAAGGAGAAGAAGUCGCAAAAAAGCUGAGCAGCUGCCACAAAAAAAAAAAAAAAAAAAACAAUAAUAGUAAAAAAAACCCUGCUCUCCUGCUAAGUGGUGUGAAAAAGAAGCGAAGAGGAGCAUCACAAGGGAGUUUCCAGGGGGAGGAGAGAGGGCAUCUUCACAGUAAUGGCUGCCAUCCAACAGACAAGAACUGCUGUCAUCACAGCUCCUUCAAUGUGGUUUGUAUGAGAAGUGUUGGUACACUGUCACCAAGGUAAGCUAGAUGCAGGAGGGCCUAUACUACUUUUAUGUGUCAUCAGAACCAGCCAUCUGAACAGGGAAUAUAACAUUUAUAUCACCUAGGACAACAUCAUUACCGACAACACCAGAAUCAUUCACAUUGCCAGACUGUGACCAACAUGGCUGCUAUUGGAUUGGCUUCUGUCUGAAAAACAAAACACACAAAGUAGACUAACUUUUAAAGGUAAUUUGCAUUCUCUCCGUGUAGGUUCACUCGGCAUGUGUCCCGACCACACAAACAUGAGUAUCAUACAACAUGGCCGCCAGGGAGAGAUUGCUGUGGAGCCAGAUCUCUCAUCCCCAGCGGGAACUCUCUACACUAAAAGCUCCUCUCGAGCAUCGCUUCAUCCAUCAGCUGUCCCAGCACCAGCCCAAGGAGGAUGGGUUCCCCCAAAAGCCCGGGUCCUCCUGAGGUUUCUUCCAGCUUCCAGCUGGGAGUUUUUCCUUGCCACCGUCGCCUAUGGCUUGCUUUUUGGGGCAUGAGGACAGCAUAAUCCUAAUAAAAGAAAACUAUUCAAAAACUU